AUGCCCGGAAGCACUCCCAUGAUUUACCGCCAUCUCGGCAAAACCGGUCUCAAGGUCUCGGUCCUGUCCUUCGGCACCUGGCUUACAUUCAACAGCAAGACCCCCGAGGAUACCAGCUACAAGUUCAUGGUAUCCGCCUUCAAGCGUGGGAUCAACUUUUUCGAUUGCGCCGAGGUGUACAGCCGCGGCGAGGCCGAGACCCUCGUUGGUCGUGCGGUUAAUCGAGGCAUCGCCGAGGGCGUCUGGCAUCGCUCGGAUCUGGUCCUGUCGACGAAGAUCUUCUUCGGCACUCGGCCCGGGCCCAACAACAUCGGCCUCAGCCGCAAGCACAUCAUCGAGGGCACGCGCGAGUCGCUUGCCCGCAUGCAGCAGGACUAUGUGGAUCUGCUCUUCUGCCACCGGCCGGAUGUGGCCACGCCUCUGGAGGAAACCGUCCGCGCCAUGAGCUUCUGCGUGGACCAGGGCCUGGCCUUCUACUGGGGCACCAGCGAGUGGUCGGCCGAGCAGAUCGCCGAGGCGCAGUGCCUGGCCGACCGACUGAACCUCCACCCGCCGGUCGUGGAGCAGCCCGAAUACAACCUCCUCAAGCGCCAGAAGGUGGAGCUGGACUACCUGGCACGGUAUGAGUCCCGUCCGGGGCUCGGCCUGACCGUCUGGUCCCCCCUGGCCAGCGGUGUGCUGACCAACAAGUAUGCCGGGGGUCACAUCCCCGAGGGCAGUCGUCUGGCCGCCCCGGAGAAUGCCUACCUGCGUGAGCGGUACAUCACCUCCCCGGAGGCGGUGGAGAACCUGGCCAAGGUCGAGCGUCUGGCCACCCUAGCCAAGGAGCUGGGCAUUAGCUGCAGCCAGCUGGCCCUGGCCUGGGUCAUUGCCAAUCCCCGUGUCAGCACCCUCAUCACCGGUGCCACGUCCGAGGAGCAGCUCAACGAGAACCUCAGCGCCCUGGACAACCUCAAGCUCCUGACUCCGGAAGUGAUGGCGAAGAUUGAUGAGAUUUUUGCCAACAAGCCCCAGUAUCCUCAAUCUGAGGCCAAGGUCAUCGCCAUGCGCCGCUGA